CCGCGGCCGGCCGCGCUCGCCGCCGCCUUCCCCUGCACGCACGCACUUCGCGGAACAAGGCACCGAAUGCCCAGGGCCCCGGUGUGUGGAAUUUCCCAGAGGCGGGCACAAACAUCCACGAGGGCAGCAGAUGAGAAACUCCUGCUCCAGAAGCUUGCACGCUUCUCCGAGCAACCACCACUGCUGUCUGGGCGACCAGACUCCCGUGGACUGCCAGGGGGUUUCCCAGGUCGGCACUGCCAUGAGGGUCCAGCUGGAAGGGCACGGCACGGCACGGCACGGCACGGCACGGCACGGCAGGAGCACCGCGGCAGUUCGAACAUCGCCUCGCAGCCGCCGGGCACGGUGGGCGCUGCGAGGCCGGCUCUGGCGGCCUCAGUGGCGGCUGCAGGGCUGAGUGUUCCUGCCCGCAGAUCCCGGGGGAACGUGAUCCUAAAGUGAUGGCCACUCUCGGGAGCCAUCGCCACUCGGGGAACAACAGAAUGUCAGGUCCUGACAUGUCCUCUCGAGAGAAAAAGCACAGCUCCGUGUGGCCGCGCCGUGGGAAAGGAGCCCGCUGCCCCGUUCGGGAGCCCGCAGCCCUGGUGCCGUGCCCAGCUCGGGCGAGCAGCUCGGAGGGGCUCUCGGCGGCACAGCCGGGGCGCGGGGCCACGCUGGGAGCAGCUGGACAGGCCACGAAUUCCUGCCGGCGGCCGGCCCGGCGGGGCAUAGCAACGGGAGCCGGGGGAGGAACGGGAAGCAGCGGGAGCUGUGAGAAAGCGAGCGGCGCCGCGGGGCGAGGCGGGGGCCGGAGCGGGGGCGCGGAGGAGGAGGAGGCGGCAGGGGCGGCUCGGGCCCUCCCGCCGGGCACGGCUCCUCUCCGAAGGCCACCCAAAGCCGCCGGUUUGCGGCCGCCGGUUCGUGCCAGCGCGCCCCGGGCUCGGCCCCCAGAGCCGCCGCGACACGCACGGGCCGCGGGCGCUGCUGCCUCCCCCGCGCUGCCAGCCUUGGCACUCCCGGUGCCCCUCCAGCACUGCCUGCCCGCCCCUCACAGCGCCGCUGCCUCGGCCCAGGCUGCGGAGCGGCAUCGCUCCCCCGGCCGCUUCCCCCAGGGCACUUCCCCCGGCUUUGGAAGUGCCCUGGGCCCGCGGUGGCUCCGCCGCUCGGUGCGCAGGGUCCAGCUCCCGAGGGGAGCCGGCCUGGCCGGGGGCCGGCAUUGCGCAGCCUCUGGAUUUCAUGUCACAAAGGAUGUUUUACUGCACGGGUUUGUUCUUCUGCAUGAAGAAAACGUUAAUCAAAAUGCAGAGGAGACACAAUAG